GUGGUCAACACGAGUCUGUUCUCCAUGAUCCCACUCUCCUCCCAAACUCUCUCAAGCGAACCCUAACGCGGACAGCGAACCCAUUAUUGCCUGUCUCGACAACGCCCGUGCUUCGCCUCAGUGACUUCUGAGACACCUGAAGCAGUUGAUUGGACGCCACGGAUCCCAUAACCUUCCCAGUUAACUCUCUCAUAGUUUGCUAGGCCGUGGAAUUCAGACAGCAUGGCAAACAUCACAAAGCCAGAUGCGGUUUCUCCUGAGAAAUGUUCACUCGUGGAGCUCACGCAGUACAGCUGUGAGCCCGAAGAGCUGCCUAAUGGGCAAAUAAGACCCCGCUGUUUCCCUAUUCCGCGCAUUUUCAGAAUGUGUGCCAACAGGCCAGCGGUCGAGAUUACAAGACUCGUGGAGAUUAACCCGAACACUGGAGAAGUUACGAUUCCUGGCGAAAGCAGUCUGAACGCCCCAAAGGGCAAACUCUGGAAAAAUGUCACCACUCUAUCAAGUGAAUAAUAAUUGGUGCUCCCGCCCGGCCACUAGUUACCGUCGAGGCUUUGCUUGUAAGGUCCAUCGACUGCAGACGUAGCCUCGUAAUAAUAGAGCAUGCACAACUGCAAGCGAUGGGCAGUGGACGCGGAAACAGUGGUAACGCUGUCGCAAGUUGUUAGUGUUCCCGAUUCUAUGUUAGCACGAUACGUGCUUGCUUAAUAUCCC